AUGACAGACACGAAAGAGCAAUCGAGUCUACCCGAAAAGGACCCCGCCAUGGACCCUGACACUACCCCCACCACCCCCACCUCCGACCUCACCAGCAGAAACGUCUCGACAGGCACAGGAGUGCUGCUGGGCCACUACUGGGGCCGAUCCAAGGAAGGAUCAGUCAUUCCCGGACCAGCCACAGCCACGGUGUCGUCAGACCGACCAAAAGUCAUCGCCAACGACAUUGACAAGGCGGACGUGCGAAUCAGCAUUCUUCUACUGCUAGCCUCGGUUCUCGUCCGCUUCUACGACCUACCUAACCCGCCAGCCACCAUCCACGAAGAAACAGCGGUCGGAGCAUACAUCAACAAGUACAUUGGCCGGGCGUUCUUCCCUACUUCGGAGCCUCCUCUGGCAUUCCUCAUGUACUACCUAGUGUCUCUGUUCUUCAAUUACGACGGAAACUUCCCCUUCAUCAAACAGGACCACAUCUACGUCGGAUCACGUGUUCCCUACAUUGAGCUGCGGUCGUUUGCAGCGCUGUCAGGCGUCAUUCUCGUGCUGUCGGCUUACUACACUGUGCGACUGGGGGGUGGCCAUAAACUGGGUGCUUUGAUCGCCUCCUUCUUUGUGCUGUUCGACACCUCGUUAGCUACCACGUCCCGAUACAUUUUUGCUGAGCCGCUGUACCUCAUGUUUGUGAGUUUGUCCCUGCUUUUCUGGAAGCUGUUUGAGCGUCAGCAGCCCUUUUCGAUCAAGUACUACUUCUGGGGUCUCACUCUGGCUGUCAACCUCGGUGUUGUGGUGUCUACAAGGUGGAUUGGCAUUCUAACUGUCCUCUACGUGCUUGUGGCUUCGUGCUACAACGUUUUCUGGAUUCUCGCAGACCUCAACAUCUCCUGGUGGGCCUACAUCAAGCACAUCACAUUCCGAGCUGUGGCGUUCACUCUGAUCCCUCUUGCAGUCUACGCCACUGUUCUCCAGGCUCAUCUUCUGAUUGCCUCUGGGCCUCACGAUGGAGAUUAUCUUCUUGCUCCUGCACACCAGGACGCUAUCAACAAGCAUAGACGACCUCCCGUCCACGCCGACAUUGUUUCGGGCUCCGUUCUGACUGUGCGACACCUCGAUACCCACUCGUACCUGCAUUCGCACGACGAGUUCUAUCCUGUGGGCUCCAGACAGCAGCAGAUCUCACUCUACCAGCACACAGAUCUCAACAACGUGUGGGUCAUGGAGAAUGCCACCAAGCCCAACUUUGAGGAGAAUGACUUUCUCAACAACUUCAAGCACGGCGACUCGGUUAAGCUGCGACACCUCCAGUCCACUCGACGUCUUCAUUCCCAUGAAGUCAAGGCUCCUGUCUCCGAUAACGACUACCAGUUUGAGGUGUCUGCUUAUGGAGCUGACGGUUUCCCCGGUGACCUCAACGACAUGUGGUCCAUUGAGAUUGUGGCCCAGUACUCUACACCUGGCCUGCCCUCGCGUCAGAUGCGCACUCUGCAGACCGUUUUCAAGCUGCGACACCUGAUCCAAAAGUGCUACCUUUAUGGCCAUCGAACCCAGCUCCCUGCUUGGGGUUUUGCACAGCAGGAAGUCACCUGUAACCGAUAUCCCGCUGGAACCGGAGCUCUGUGGUAUGUCGAGACCAACUACCACCCCAACUUCCCCAAGGAGGUUAAUGUCACUCGAGACAUGAUCCACUACGGUAACAUGACGCGGGUCCAGAAGCUCAAGGAUAUGCACAACGUCAUCAAGGUGUCCCGAGAAAUGACACCCGACCAGUCGGCUUUCAAUACCCCUCCUGUCUCUUGGCCUCUGGGUAUGGCUGGUCUUCCUUUUUACCGAUCUCACCAUCGACAGAUUCUGGUCAUUGCCAAUCUGGCUUGUUGGUGGUUUGCCUUGGCCAGUCUGGCCAUCUACGUGCUGUUUAAGGCCGUUGUUUUCCUUCGAUGGCAGCGGGGUCUUCAGCCCGUGGCCCUUUCUGCCGAUCUGAUUCGAUUCGACCACGAAAUGGGACACGCUCUGAUCGCUUGGGCGUGCCAUUUCGUGCCCCUGAUCCCCGAAACCCAAGCCUACACAUUUAUCACCUACCUCCCUGCGUUCUAUAUUAGUUGUUUGGCAGCUGGCCAGAUGUUCUCCAUCUUCUUCAAGACGUUUGGACGAUCCAAGGUUAUCCAGGUACUUGUUCUGGCUAUUGUUGUUGUCCUCGCUGGUGGAUUUUACCAAGAGUACCGGCCCAUUGUUGCUGCGAAGCCCUGGACCCGAGAAGAGUGCAAAAGCCACAAGUACGGUCUUAUUGACUUUGACUGUGAUCACUACUUUGCCACCCAGGAGGAGUAUAACGUCUACGACUCGCAAAACAUUGUCAACUACGUGCGCUUCUCCGAGGAAAUGUACCAGAAGCUCGAAGGGGAAGCCACUGGUCCUGCCCGGCCUCUCCAGACGCUGUUCAAGGCACGAGAAGACAAGCCCAAUCACGAUCUGGGCCGUCCUGAGGUAAUUAACGCCAUCAGACUCCACGAGCUCGAGCGGCAGAACAAGCACAAGGAGAAGGCUGCGCUUGAAAAGUCUAUCUCCGCUGAAAUCAAGAAGAAGGCGUACGCGGAGGCUGGCAUUGGAGAGGCUUCAGAAGAGGAAGACUGGACCGACGCAGAAGCUGCUGCUGCUGCUCCUAUAGACAAGAAACCCACCGCUUCAUACGACGACGAGCUACAAAAGAAGAUCCAGGCCCAGUGGGCUCGAAUUACAGAUCCGCCAAGCUUGGAUCUCCCCGAUGAGCUCAAGUCGCAAUUCAACAUGUCCAAGUUUGCGAAGCCCAAAUUUGAGGAGGUGGAUCUCAACGAUGAGGACGAGUACGACGAUAUCAUGGCUGCCGGAGACGAGGAGAUUGCCCAAGAAAUCAAGGGUGAGGAUAUCGGCCAUGAGAGUAUUUAUGAGCCUCCUGUCUACGAGGAGAUUAUCGAUGUCAACACUGACUAA